AUGUAUGAAAAUCGUCAUGGCACGGAGUAUCCUCCUGUUCCCCAAAUAGCAGCGGCCGUUCUAUUCAAGCGCCGUAAAAAGAAGGAAGCGGCAAGUAAAAAGGUUGCCAAUGCUCGUAGGAGUAGCUAUGCCCUUCGCGGAAGCCCUAUCUCCUGUGGGGUGAGUGCGGGAGACAGACAGUCGCUCUGCACGGCCCGAUUUCACUCAGCACCCUUAGGAUUUAAACGUCAACAAUAUGUAGGCAGUCAAUUGCAGACUGUUUGUGAGCAGUGUGGCAAACACUGGCAUAAAAAAAUCACCAAUACGGAAGGUAUCCAAAUAGAAGAAGUUUAUCAGGAACCUAAAGUCGCACAAGCAUCGAUGGGCAUAAUGAACAAAAAUAUGGCCCCCAUUUCAAUGAACAUCCAUGAUGCGAUAUCCCAACGAAAUCUCUCAUGGCCAUUGCCUACAUUACCUGGGGUGAUUCCAGAGCCCCUUCCUAGUCACUGCCUUCCUCCUGAAUACCAGGUAACCUUGCCUGAUGACAGUGCCGAUUUCCAGCCCCCAGUGCCCAAUUAUUCUCGCCCCUAUAAUAGGUCAAUGAAGAAAAGGAAGCGAGUAACCCGCACUAACCAUCAGGUUGCUCCCGAGAUACUAUCAAUGAUUCUUUCUAACGCGAUGGGCUCGGAACCAAGAUGUGCAUUUGAUCUCCUCUUAUCUGACUGGAGUGCGUGUAAAAAGUCAUCUUCUGGGCCACUAAUGAGAUCUAUCAUCUACACAAAAGGAACAAUUAGUAGCGCAAGUUCUCUAUGGGAGACUUUUGAGCAUCACGAUAAGGAUCACAUUCUUCUUCCCACCAAGACACGCGAUGAGCGCCUCGUGAUGAUUAAUCAAUUGUGCCACAACGAGGUCGUUAAGAUAUUUUUUCGGCAGAGUGCCCAGGUUUUUGAACUCGGUCCAGACUCAUUACCUGACAAUAUUGGAGAGGAAUCCUUUCUUGAUACUUGGGAGGAGGCUUUCCCUAUCCGCGGACGACGCUCACGGGGUAUCCUUCCGUUUGAUGAUGAUGAUUUCCGGCCCCCAGAGAAAAGUGCGCCGUUUGGCACACCUCAUAUCUACGACCUCUUAAGGCACAUUGUUAUCCGUUCGCCGUUGACUCUGUUGGAUCUUGAUGCCCGUGGCUUGGUUGGUCCUAAGGCUAAGAUUGGUUACGCUAACUUGGAAGUUCUCGACAUGGCAAUAGACCUCGACCGAGCCUCACCGUUAUGGGUUUCUUGGUCGCAGAUGCCAAGCCUCGAGAGUGUUAUUCUGGAUCUUCGCAUAUAUAGUAAUGAACUCAAUACUGAACGCGGGUGCAUCGGUAAGCACGAAAUUAUAGAGAGAGCACAAGAAAUGGGUCGCUGGCUACGACUCAAGUUGCUCGUUAUCGCCGGCCUGCAGAGCUAUAUGUUUGAGACUAGUUAUAAAUCCUAUACCAUGGAACAAAUCGAAACUGAAGAUGAAUUGGGGUCUAAACCCAAUUGGCUCAAGAUUUUCAUGCCAGCGCUUCGACCUGGGGGAAAGCUGGUACUUCUUGAUCGUUUAAACAAUGAGUAG